GCCAACGUUAACGAAAACCGGCCUCAUUAUGCAUACGUCGGCGUUGCGCAGGAGGUGGAAAUUGCUUGCUCCUUGUCGGAUUACGUAAACGGUCUUCGAACCCGGCCACAAUUCGACUCCCGGGAACCAACCAGGAGCAAACAUUUGCGGCCCAGGAUGUUUAACGGGUUCCCGCGACACGCGAAAAUGCCUCGCUGUUCGAAGUCGGCGACAAAGUCAAGCUUAAUUACGCCGAGAAACCUCUCGACUGUGUCAUCCUCUCGUCGCGACUGUAAUCCCGGGAAAAUGAUCGCAUCGAUCGUUCUCGCUCUGUUCCUGUUUUGUCAAUCGAUCAACAUCGGUGGAUGCCUCUUGCCUCGUGCGAACGGCACGAUCCAGCAAAUCUCACAGCGCAGAAUGAAAAGAAGUCUCACUUUUCCCGAUUCAUCCAUGCUCCUGUUGAUCUUUGGUCUGGGCACUCCGCUACAGUUAGAGCGCGAAAGCGUAAUCGUGGGUGUAUUUACGAAAAUGUGGUACAUCCUGCCAAGCAACGCUACGGAUUUUACGGAACCGGGGGUGUAUUACACAAGAGCCGGUAGAAGUAGAUGGAGUUUUUACAAAAUGUUCGAAAAGAUGCUGGCUAUAUACGGCUUUGGUGGCAAAGAGUGUUUGCUAAGAGCCAUUUGCGAAGUGGCAUCCGUUCCGUUUGACAUUCACCACGGAUUACUAGGGCAAUUGGUACAGACUUUUCUCAGGCCCUCCAGUACUCAGGAAGAAUAUGACGAGUACGGGGAUCGUGAGUACCGGGCGGCCGAACAGCUGGGUGAGCAGGUGGAGGGUGAAAACUGCCACACCCUUUAUCCGGAAUGUCACAGAAGUAUUCUCGACGUGUUUUCCGCAUUGAUCACAUGAGACCGAAUGGAAAUCUCGAUGGGAGAUACGAUAUGCCAAGGAUACGAGGAACGUUAGGAUUAUCGAGAUAUUGGAUGAUAUUGAAAGAUGCCAAAUCACACAGAGUCCGAAAAUUUUCAAAUAAUAUGUUGCUGUCGAGACAUUUUUAUAAAAUAUUUAUAUGUAUUUUUCCUAUAAUUUCCUAUAAUUUUCGCAUAUUAUUUUCGCAAGAUAAGAGAUUAUGAUAAGAGAUUAUUUGGUUUGAAACGCUAUUGGUUUUAUCUAACGCGUACGAUAUAUAUCGACAAUUUCUGUUUACAGAAAGAACACGUACUAUAUUUGUCAAUAAUAAAUCGAAUUUCGACGCCGCGCUUUAAACGAGAUCCCUACCAAAUAAUCCAUCUCCGCUCGAUGUUUCGUCGCUUUGAGGAUGCGAAGAGAUCGUGAAAGCGUUCCUACGUUCUUCUACGUUCCCUAUUGGCAUUCCUCUCUCUUUCCCGAUUCGGAGUUUCAUUUUCCUAAAAGUGCGCGGAAGAAAUACAGAGUUUCGGCGGCUGGAAUGCCGGCAUACGAUAUUAAAGAAUCUUCGGCAUUCGCAGAGCCCAUCCGCUAAAGUUUAUCGCGCUUUUUUUCCGCUACUUCCCGCAUACUCCCGUAUAAUCAGCCGAAAGAAAAACUUGUCGAAUGUUUCCGCUUUUACGAUGCGCCUAUCGCGAUUUCUUCAUGUACAUUCAGAGCGAUAAGAUUUUUAAGUUAUUUCUUCUUUUUUUUUAUGAUACUUCCUUUUCUAAGAUAUGGCAGAAAUAAAAUUUUAAGAAGAAAAUUGUAGUAAAAGCUAUUAAUUGUCCAAAAUAGUUAUCUGAACUACCUUCGCGUGUGAUAUAUGCAAAUCAAUUCGGUGGAAUGCCCUUAAUUUAGUGUGUGCGCGUGUAUAUAUUUACAUAUAGAUGCAUACCUGUACAUUUCUCGUAAUGAUGCCUAUUGCAACCGCAUUCGCAUCUAUGUGGUUGCAUGUGGUUACCGGUUAAUUAUUAGAUAAUAGACGCCCUUACUAUAUAUAUAGUUAAUUAUGAAUAGAUAUUAAUUUAGCCGGUAACUUGAUCUUUACUGGACAGAACAAAAUGUAAAAAUACGACGUCGCAAAGCAUGUGAAAAACUAUUCCUUAGCCUUAGACUAUCUUAGACUAUUCUUUAUACCUAAAGAAAAAAAGAAUGUAAAUAAGAAUCUAUAAUUUUUCAAGACGAGCAUGCAAAACUCGAGAAUCACGGAUAAGCAUUUUGAAUGGGCUUGCUUUUAGUGAAUAUAAUAUAUAUAUAUAUGUUAAAUUUAAUAUGUAAUUUAAUAAUUCUUGCUUUUUCUCAUAUCUUUCAGGUAUAAAAAA